AUGAAGCUGGCAGCACUUUUCGGCUCGACGUUGCUCGUCAUCUGUAUGCAGAUGGUUAGCUGCAGCAGCAUGACACCAGUCGUCGAGAGCAGCGAGGAACAUCCGACCACCGUCGACCACUACAUGCCAAUGGGACCGUGCAAGGAUGGCCAUUGUGCCGGCAAACGGCUGCCCGUGUCAAUCUGUGUGCAGCUGCCUGGGGCGGCACCAAAGAAAUUGUCCAAGAACCUGCUCCAGCAAAUCAUCUGCUCGCUGAUGCACGAUCCAGCGGCACCCACUUCGCCCGCCCACUACAUGCCGUACGAACCGCAGCACAAGAAACCCUGCGAAUAUCCGAAGAAACCGUGCGAAUGCAGCAAAAAGCCUUACGCGCCACCGAAGGAGCCGUGCGACAAGCCGAAGGAGACCUACGAACCAGUGCACAAGGUGUACGAACCUACGCCAAAGCCUUGCGCUCACGAACCGACCAAGAAGCCGUACACUCCACCAUGCAAAACGACCUACGCUCCCGAGAAGGAGUCUUACGAAGUGCCCAAGAAGCCGUACACUCCGCACGUGCCAUGCAAAGCGACCUACGCUCCGGAGAAGGAAUCGCCCAAGAAGCCUUACCCCGUGCAGAAACCGACCUACGGAGCAUCGGUAGAGAUGUACGAAUCCCCGAAGAAGUCUUACGCCCAGCAGCAUGAAGUGUACAGCCCGCCGAAAGAAUCAUAUGCGCGUGUACAGUACGCCCAUCCUUACACCUACCCCACUGCCCAUCCACCGACCGCCACCUACGCUCCGUACACGGCGGCGCCACGCUACCCCUCGAUGUCGUACAAUGCGCCCAGCUACCCGAAGCCCAGCCCGGGCAGCUACGAAUCGAAGGCAUCGGUACCGACCUAUCCGAAGACAUCGAAGAAGACGUGCGGCUGUGCUGAACACUCGCGUCCCAGCCAUAGCUACGGCUAUUAG